AUGGCUUCCAAUCCGGUUUUGGGCUCUUUGGGGAUUUUCAGCGUGGAGAUGAUACAGCAGAUAGCGCUCGAGGUUCAUAAUCUCUCGAGGCAAUCUAUGUUCGCACUUCUGCGAGUUAACAAAUCCUUCUAUUCCAUUAUUCGUCCAUUGGCCUUUCGAGAGGUUCGGUUCGACAUGACUGAGACAUUGCAGGGAUCUCCAGCUACUCCGGAAACUCGGGAUCUAAAGCAAUUGGAAACCUUACUCUAUGAAAUCGACAGCUCACACUCAACUUUCUUCAAUUGUGUCCGCCGCGUCACCGUGAUCUCCCAAGGAUCCGUCUAUCCUGGUUACUCCAGAGCAGAGCGCGACUGGAGAGUACAGUCAUCGAUUACAGAACGUUUCUCGUAUUGGAACGAGUACAUGCAACAACGAUGGUCAACAUUCGUGUCUAUCAUUGAUCGAGUCUGCAACCUCCACGAUAUCACCUUUGAUUGCCUCGAACCGGUACCUAUCACACUGCUCGAGGUUUUGCACAAGCGUCACCCCUCUUCUCGCCUUCACGUUCGAAAUUGGUCCCCUUCUCUGCACCUCCCCCUCAGAGCAGAAAUAGAUUUUGACUCGAAAGAUCUGUAUGAUCUCGCUCUAGCAAAGUCGUCCUGCCUCUACAGCGUCGAGACGGUGGGUAGAUGGCAAAACGGGUAUGUCCUGUCCACUUUCUAUGACGUCUGUUUCGAGCGCAUGGUCUCGUUAGCUCCCAACCUACAACAAGUGAAUUACAAAUUGUCAGGCCAUGACGACACUGACGUUCGUCUUGGGGUAUCGCCGGGACCGGCAAUGGUAGAGAAAUACGAGGUUCCCACUUUGAUUGUGCUAGAAGGACUAGCGCGGAACAAACCAGUCAGGAAAAAGUGGACGAGCCUUUCAUGGAACGCCUUGACGUUCGACAGAUUCCGGCGUUUAUGCCGCUUCGUGGACUUCUCUCAUCUUGAGAGGCUGAAAUUGGGGUCAUUUUGGAACAAAGAUAUCCUCGAAUACGCGACGGAGCGUCAGAUAUUCGCCGGGUUGAAGGAGUUAUCUCUCAGGGUCCCGGACACACGUGUUGUUCAGCCGUACAAUCCUAGUGAGGACGUGAUCACGAAAUCCACCAUCAGCGACUUCGUUUGUUCCUGUGGGCCCUUGGAAUCACUGUCCAUCGUUGAUUAUUACGACUACCUGGACGUCUUCUCUGUCAUCCUCACACAUCGGGAGACUCUCCAGUCGUUAUCGUUGCAUGAGGUGGAGCAUUCAUCGAAGCCGAGACCGAUGCUCUCUGUUGAGGACAUAGAGGCUAUCAUUCAUAUGGUACCCCAUCUGAAAAACCUCGAGCUCGAUAUCAAUCGGGGGGAGAGAGAAGUCGAAGCAGAGAUCCUCGAGGUAAUCGAAUCGGCACCCUCACUUGAAACCCUCACGAUCUACUAUGAUCUUGGCCUCCGACACGCAUUUUGGGACAUUAAUUUAAUGGAUGCCGACGCAAAGAAAGACCGAGAGCGGUUGAAUAGGCGGUAUAGGUCCGUGGACGAGAGGUUUGGGAGACAGAUAUGGGAUGCUUUGCAUAGUGGGUCCCUAAGAAGCUCAUUGGAUGGGAUUGGAAGGUUGACAUUAUACAUCGGUGAACCGAGUCGCGAGAACGGAUUCUGGGAACGUUUCUGGAGACACGAGUAUACCACCAAACAGAAAAUAGAAGUGAGGCGGGAUUAUGAAACCGGAUGCUGCUGGAAGUGUGAUGUUGUGGUGACGGUGGAGGGUCCUCGGAAUGUUUAG